UGAGGGAGGAGAGAGUGAGAGAGAGAGAGAGAGAGAGGAGGAGGAGGAGGAGGCGGACUCCUCGCCGGAGUCGGGGGUGGCAGCGGCGGCGCCAUCACUCUCUUCUCCUCUGCUUCUCCGGGGGGAAGCGGCCAGCCCGGCAACGGCAAGAUUCAUCAAUGGCAACCCCGAAUACAUAUUCAGUCCAUCUCUCCACAGAAACCCACAGGAUUGAGGCCUGGUUGGCAUCUGAUGAAGCUUUAGCUAGGCAGUUGCAAGAGGAGGAGAAUGCCCAUGAUGCUAUUGCUACAAGAGAAUUUGCUGGUAAUGUAUCCUUGGAACCAUCGUUACCAGCUGUUGAAUACAGACCUUCCAAUAAUGCAGCUCAGGUAACAAGGGAAGAUGAUGUUGACCCUGAUAACAUGUCUUACGAGCAACUACAAGCAUUAGGGGAGGCAGUAGGAAAUCAAUCCAGAGGAUUACCUGAUGACCUUAUAUCCUAUUUGGUCCCUUUUAAGAACAAGUGCAGCUUCUUCUCUAGGAAGAAGAAUGAUGAGGAAUGUGUGAUCUGCAAAUCGACUUAUAAAAGCCGCCAGAAGUUGAUAAGAUUGCCAUGUAGCCACUGUUACCAUGCAGAUUGCAUAACUCGCUGGCUUAAGAUCAACAAGGCAUGCCCAGUCUGCAAUGAGGAAGUAUUUGGGUGAAUCACAGCACUUGUGGAGUUUUGGUGACGCUGCUGAUCUUUUGCAUUGUGUUCAGACACGUUAUGCUCCUACAGCCUAUGCUAUACAUGCCUAGUUGGCUACCGUGCUCAAGGAAAAUGCCUUUUGGUAUACUCGUACAGUCGUACUUCUAACUGAACCAUGCCUUGUCUGUGAUAUGUCUAUCCAACAGAGUUACAUCACAAAUUGAUAAAUCUGUCUGGGGUACUAGUACUAUGGUUGCCAUUUGUCUGGUAAUGCAACCUAUCAGAAGCGGUUCAAUAGAUGUGGUUUUCUAUGUGCACCAUCUGAUUACAUGGUUCUGUUGUGGAAAGAAGCACAAUUGUGAAUUC